AUGGGGCUUUGUUGCGGCGCGUCCCAGGCGCGCCGCGACCGGAGCGCGGACUACGAGGAGCGGAGGAAGCAGGAGCUCCUCGAGGCGCUGGGCGAGGGGUACAACGGCGAGCUGGACUUCGCCGAGUCCGAGACCGCGUCCGAGCUGCCGACGCCGGGGAGAGAAUCCUACUCGGGCGAGGAGACCCCGAAUCGUUCGCCGAGUCGCUCGGGAACGACGUCGCGCAGCUCGAGGGAGUCGCCGCAACGCUACGACUCCUCGUACCAGUCGUACGAGACGACGGAGUCGGACCGGACCGAGUCCAUUCGCGCCGCCAGGGAGGCGGAGGCGAGGCAAGGGAGCGACGGGGGAUUCACGGAAUUGCGCGAGUGGUCAAGGGCGGGACGGCCGGCGUCCCCCGCGCGCGCGGUGCCGCCCGGGGCGGUUAACGUCUCCCCCGGUGCGAGACACUCGUCUCAGGGUGGGGUAUCUCCGGGGCGCGCGCCGUUCGGCUGGGUGCGUCGCAGGGGAGAGCAGCCCGCGGGGGUAAGACCCGACGAAUCGUUGACGCGUUUGGCGGGUGAGGCAGCAUCUUAUGAGGCCAUCAGGGCGUCGCUCAACGUGGAGCAGGCGCUGGACCGGCCAUUGGCGGAGUUUUUGGCGCCCGUGGACGCGGUAACCGCGUUCAAGGGUAAGAGGCACAACCUGUUCUCGCCGUAUCAGGACAUGCCGAAGAGCCUGCUGCUGCCGUACCAGAACUAUCAAGCGUACGGGGUAGCGAAACGCUAA